GUCUAAUCUCAAUGAGGUGUCAAUCAUGUUCCCUGGUGGGUGAAGUAAGGUCUUUUGUAACCGCCUCUGUCUUUGGGAAAAGAGAAGAGAGAGGAGAAAGACUUCAGCAGAGAGAGGAGGAACGCAGGACCGUGCUGCAGAAGGGGAACUGAGAUUUGAUUUUUGCUUUUGCUUUAGCAGGGGGGAAAGUGGAGCACAUGGAUUUCUAAAAACGUUGGGAUUUUAUAUAUAGAUAAAUAUAUAUAUAUAUAUAUAUAUAAAACCCACCACUGAAAACAGUCCAAUGAAUCGCAAUUGCAGAUCAAUGCAGAGAAAUGGGGAAACUUCAUUCGAAACAUGCUGCCGUUUGUAAACCGAGAGAAAGUCCAGAAGGUGAUAGUUUUGCAGUGAACGCCUCUCUAGCUCGGAAAGGGAUUGAGGACUGGAUGGUGAAGCAGAAAUACUUCGGUAGCAGCGGGGGCAGCAGUACGGGACUCCUGCAAGGCUGCCAGCACCGGGCUGUUUGCAGGCUCUCCAGCACCAGGGAGCCGUCUGGUGAAGGUUACAGAGAGACAAUUGGUGAUGAACACUUUCAUCUAGAAGUGGCUUUGCCUCCAGAGAAGACAGAUGGAGUUUGCAGUGGAGAUGAAAAGAAAGCUGGGAAAGAAAGUGACACACGUACAAGUUCCAGGAAACAACUAAAAUUUGAAGAAUUGCAAUGUGAUGUAUCUGUAGAGGAAGAUAACAGGCAAGAAUGGACCUUCACACUCUAUGACUUUGAUAACAACGGAAGAGUCACACGUGAGGACAUUACAAGCUUGCUUCAUACCAUCUAUGAGGUAGUUGAUGCAUCAGUAAACCACUCCCCUAGUUCCAGUAAAACUCUGCGAGUGAAACUUACUGUGGCACCUGAUGGAAGUCAGAAGAAAAAGAGUAUCUUACUAAACCCUGCUGAUUUGCAGAGCUCUAGGCACAGAGCUGAGAGCAAAGCCAGUGAAGAGCUGAGAAGCUCUGAAAAGAAGCAGCGGGCUUCUCUCAGAUAUCACCCCGGUGACAACAACCCUGAGCAGAGUGGGUGCUAUCGCCAUUGCGUGGAUGAGAACAUUGAAAGGAGAAACCACUAUUUGGAUCUUGCAGGAAUAGAAAACUAUACAUCAAAAUUUGGACCAGGAUCUCCUCCAGCAGCUCAGCAAUAUGACCCACCAAAUAGAGUUGUGAAUCAGACUAGAUCCCGCUCUCAUGAACCUGAAAUCUUCCAUGCCCACCAUAGGAAAUCUCAAGUGGUGGACCCCAGCCACAUCAAUUUGGCUGAUGCCUCAUACGCCAAGAUUGCAGAAAUACAACAAAAGCUGCGCAAUCAGGACUCAAACAAGCACUUUGUUAGGUCUCCCAAGGUCCAGAGCAAAAAUGUAGGCUCUGUUCACCCUGGAAGGGCAGUAAGGAAUAAACCUCUUCAAGGGGCAUCCAUGCCAAUGGCUUCCCCAUCUGCACGGGUGGGCCAGAAUCUUCCUUACCUCCCCAUGCAGUCCCAGCAGGCUCACAAGAAACAUAAGCAGAGGGCAAAGGAGAAUCAUCACAUGUGCAAAACCUUUCAUUCUCCGGGGACAGUUGUGGAAAAAGAGCAGGUGAGAGACCUGCCCACAGUCAUUUUGUAUGAAGGCCAAGUUGGACAAAUGAUCCAGAGACAUGAACACCAUCACCAUCAUGAGCAUCACCACCACUAUCAUCACUUCUACCAGACAUAAAACCGAUCCCAACAUCCUCCAGGAAUCCCCCCCAUAUGAAGGAAACGCCUUCCUGUGACUUCAGACUAAGGCAUUAUUAUGUUUAAUAUUAUUGUUACUCUGUUAAUAUUCAGCUAGCGUAUAUUUUAGAAAUUAUAUGAAACCAUUGAAACUUACACUAUUUAUAUGUUGUGAAACUGCAUAGCUUACUUAACAACUUGUUGAUAUUGGUUUUUAAGUGGCUUGUAAAACAGCAAACAGCCAUAGCUUUCUGAGCUGUGAUUUAAUGCAGGUCAUCAACGCACUUCCUUUACAAGUACUUCCUUUGUUGUAUUAGAAAAAGAUACUUCAAACAACACUGCAGACAUCUAGCUUACCAGUCUGCCAUGUCGGCUUAUUGCACACAAGCCUCUUGUCAGGGGAGCAGUGUUUGAAGGUUUGGACUCCGGAAAUACUCAGAAUAACAGAAAAUACAAACAGCGGCUACCUCUAGUAUUAUUCAAAUUUUCUUUUCUUUUUAUUGAUUGUAAUGUGCUACAAGGGGAUUUUAAUAUACUGCCUUCAUGUAGCCUGUUUGUGUUGUACUUUCACAUCUUUUCAAGCUAUCUUAAUAAUUACAAGGAAACAUCAGCUAUAUUUGUCAACAGAGCUACAUUUUACAACUGAUAUUUUUUUUUUCCCUUCAAGGUUCUUUCCUGACUCCAGUCCAGUCUGUUAGAUGUUGAGGAGUGUUUAAAUAUACGUCCUUUUUUCUUUUAUUUACUCUCCAUUCUGCACUGGGAAACCAUCUUAGAGGAAAGAAAAGAGGUGGAUGUGAAAUGGGGUUUUUCAAAACCAUCACUAAACCUUAAUGCUUGGGCCAUAACUACCAUUCAUUGUUUUGUUUUGUUUUUCUUUGUUUUGAGAAAGGAUUGGAGGAAAAUAUACUUUCUCACUUUAAAUGUUGGCAAAUAUAUAUAAAAAUAUAAAUAGAUAAAUAUAUAUAUAUAUAUACACACACACACUCUCAGGUACAUUUUCUUGUGUUUUAGAAAUCUGUGGUUUGAAUAUUAACAUUAUUUUUUUCUUACAGCAGUGACUUUUUAGGUAUGUUAUAUAACACAUAACCCAUGGCAUUUUCUUGGGUGCCUGCAAUUUGUGUUUCCCCAACACCUACAGCGUUGCUCUGCUCCUUUUGUAAAGACAAUUCAACAUGUAAAGAAUGCUGCUCGCAGUCAUUCUGGCCUCUACCACUCUUUUCAUAUCAAAGGGCUUCCAUUCCACAAAAUAAAAUGAGGUGAGACCUAUGAGACCAUCAUUGGCUGCUGAGAAAUUUAAAGGUCAAAUGCAAUUGGGAAAAAGUGUGACAAAAAAGCCAGUAAAUCCGAGUUUUGCUUUCUCUGAGGCUCAGAUUUAUAGGACAUUUGUACAGUGCAGGCAACAGUGACUAAAUAGCAACUGCUCCAUUGCUUUUGGAACUAAAAAGUAGAGUUCUGAUCACAUAAAAAUGUAACUGCUCUAUCAAACAUAUUUGCUUUUGGUUUUAGUUUCUUUUAAUUAUUUGUGUGUUUUGUCUACAAUGUAUUGUGUGAAAUGUUACUAUCCCCCAUUUUUAAGGGCCCUUUAUGAAUAGGGCAUGUUUUGUUGCAACUACAGUCUUGAUCAGUUCAAGAUGGGAGAUUUCCCUGCUGCUGAGCAUUAAAACUGUUAGAAGGAUACUGUCCUAGGGAAGGACACAGAGACAUCAGCAUUUAAAGAAAACAAUAUGGAAAGCCUUGCCUGCUUGUGGAAUUGGAGAGGAAUCACUGCUUGUGGGCAAUUAGUUCUAUCUCAUUUAUCCUCAAAUCAGCAGUUGUUUAGACUUAUUGUCCCUUUUAAAAAUCUGGUUUAUUUUAAUUUCUUUUUUAGACGUCGACAUUGUGUUCUGUUAAAUCUAGCAAAAUGUUUUAAAGUGUGUUUGAUCUGUGUGCCAACUAUGCUGUUCUGUUUAUUUUUUAAAUUCCUAAGUCCAAAAAUAUUUAUAUGCAGAAUUUUCUGUACUGAAAAUAUGAAAAGGCCACAAAUUUGGUUAGUUACCACUGAGUUGUUCUAGUCUAAGCCUAUUUUGCUGCUUGUGUAUCAUUCUUUUUCAAUGUAUAUAUAAUUAUGGACUGCAAAAAAAGGCAUUUACGUGUCUAGUAGAAGGAAUAAGCUUAUUUAUAUUAUAGUGUUAACGAAGUCUGAUGUAUUCAAGUGACUUAUGUUAUACCGCAUGCAAACACACAAGUGUACAUUCCAUCUGAAAAGGGGUGCCAUGCUAUCUGUUCCUGAGAUGUAAAUGAUGCUGUUCUCUUUUCAGCAGCGUCUUUGCCAGCAUUCUGCAAUGUUAACAAAAGGAAAUUGUUGUUUUUUUAAAAAUACACAGAUCAUUGCUGGCCAAAAUAUUGGAAAUCUAGAAUAUAUUCAGUAUGCUUCAAGCAGGGGCUUGGGAGAGGGAGGAAUGUAGAAUGGGCAAGAAUUGCUCUAAAACCCAAAGAUAUUCUGCCAGAAAAGAUAACAGCAGUCGUAACAAACUCCCGUCUAAUCUAAA